AUGUUCUCGGUUACAGAUGAAAUGAAAGGCGCUGGAUUAGUAUUUACUAUGUUACGUAAAGUUUUUGGUGAAGAUUUUGAUGCUAAAGGUAAAUGUUCACAAAUUGGAUUUACAAAAGAUUAUAAAAGUGCUGUAUUUGAUAUACCAAGUGAACUUGAUGAAAUUUUACAAGAGAAGUGGAAAGAUAGUCCAAGAAUGCAAAUGAAAGCAAUUACAGAAAUGCCACUACUUGAUGAUGCGUCUCGAUAUGGUAGUGGUGGUGGUUUUGGUGGCGGUGGUGGUGGUGGUCGAGGUUUUUCAUCACGUGGUGGCUAUGGAUCAUCACGUGGUGGAGGUAACUCUGGUAAUCGAAAUUCUUCAAAUGCUUGUUUUAAAUGUAACAAAGAAGGUCAUAAAUCAUUUGAAUGUCCUGAAGCAAAUGGUGCAGGAAGAUCCGGUGGUAAUGGUUGUUUCAAAUGUGGAAAAGAAGGUCAUAAAUCAUUUGACUGUCCAGAUGCAAAAGGAUCCGGUGGACGAGGCCAAUCAAAUGGCGGUGGUGGUUGUUUUAAUUGUGGACGACCGUCAUUUGGUGGUGGAUCUCGUGGUGGUGGUGGCAUGAAACGUAGCUUUAAUGGUAAUCAUGAAAACGGCCAUAGUACAGGUGAAACAACUAGCAAAAAAAUUAAAUUUGACGACAAUGAUGAUUAG